CACGCCUUUCCUUUUCCGGUAAACAUGGCGGCGCCAACAACUACAGUGGAGCACAAUCCAAACAUCCCAGACUACGAACCCGGCGAUGGAAAUACAAAAACGUUCCACGUCGACUCGUUCAGAAAGGAAUGGCUGAACAGACUAAAACAGUCUGAAUAUUCUUACAAGCCGGAAAACGAAGACACCUUUCACGCCAACUUUGCCCGUGAGAUGGGUGUCAGCGUCGACCUGAUGCGGGAACUCAAAGAUGUAUGCAGCACUGCGGCACUGCAUUGCCAUCCCGAGGACCAGCAACCUGACCCAGAAGUCGUACCCGAAGAUGCAUCGCUGAAAACCCUCAUCGAAAGGAAGAAGCAUCAAGACUACAAAGCGUCUCUUAAAAUUGGCAAGAGCAGACACGACCUUUAUGCAGAUGAGCAGGCGCGACUGUUCGUGGCGAUAAGACCAGAGUCGCUGGAACAUCUAAUCCCAGAGGGAGAGGUCAUUCUGACAAUCAACGCCUACUACCCGGCUACUUUUGAAAAGUUUGUCUAUGUUAGACCCCACGUGACGCUGCUGCUGCUGGGCUCCCAAAGCCUGACGGAGCUCAGGGAUGCCAUCUGCUGCGCCAGUGACUUGCAGGUGUCUGGAGAGUUAAGCAACACGCCCGAAAUGGCGCCAGACUUCAUCAGCAAAGAUCACUUCAAGUCGGCCUUCUUUUUCUUUGAAGGAGUGUUCUAUAACGAUAUGAGAUACCCCGAGUGUCGCGACAUCAGCGAGACCACAAUCAAGUGGGCAAAGGCCAACAAAUUCCCACCAUACCGCAAGGCCAAGAUGGAGGACACAAAGUUUGCGGAUCUGGAGAUCAAAGUGGGCUUCCCGUAUCUCUACUGUCAUCAAGGAGACUGCGAGCAUGUUGUCAUCAUCACAGACGUAAGGCUGAUUCACAAGGACGACUGCCUGGACCGGAAGCUGUACCCGCUCUUGACACACAAGCACCGGGUCUUGAUGCAUAAAUGUGCCGUUUGCUACACCUUCAUUGGAAGAUGGUGCACAAUCGGCGACCAGUUCGCCCCAAGUAACCCAUGUCUGUUUUGCGACAAGUGUUUCCGUAUGCUGCACUACGACAAAGACGGAAAUAAGCUGGGAGAUUUCCUGGCUUAUCCCUACGUGGACCGUGGCGCCUUCAGCUAAUGCUGCAUCCUGGUUAUGCUGGUGCAUUUCAAUAAAUGAGAAUAUCGGGUAAAAGUUAUUUGAUUUCAGGAUUUCAACACAGACUAAAAUACCAGUUAAAGGCUCAAGACAUUUUUUGCAGUUCAUAUUUGAAUUUUAUGAUUUUGAUUUCUAUUUAAAAAAAAAUUCACUGCUUGAAAUGGUUCAACGAUAUUGUAAUUAACCCAGAUGUAUCUGUAUAUGUUUUUGUUUUGUACAGUUUAUAUUUUGAAGAGACUUGCAAUAAAAAAUGUUAUUU